AGUGUUUUUUUUUUGGUAUUUUACGUUCUUGUUUUGAAUAAAUGUUUGUGCGACGCUGCUCGGCGUUAGUUCUGUGCGUGAUAUUUUCUGGAAUUCAAAGUUACUCCGACCCAUUCGGCUCCAAAGAGAAAUGGACGAGACUUAUUAAGUACGCGGCAGACAGCGGGGCUCGAGCGAUACAUGCAGAAACAGGUCAUGAUGAACAGACCUCUACAACCCGGCUGCGUACACCUAGAGACCUGGCUGCAGCGCCUUAUGUAGUGGGAUCCCCCGCUCCCUGUGUCAAUCCCCGGGGAUGGAACAUGCGGGGCACAGAAUGGGGUUGCUGCGGCAACUACGAUGGGUGCUGCACAUACGCCUCUCUCAUCUGCUUAUUUCACGACGCUGCAUGCAGAUGCUGCGCAGGCAAAGAGCUUUGCGGCCCAAAAUGCAAACCGGAUAGCGACUGCCACCCGCCAAAACCAUGGCCUUGGGAAAACCUGCAGCAAAUCGCGGAUACCUCACAUAUUCAACAAACUAGUAGUACCAAAACUUCCAUUCAAACGAAGGAAAUGACGUUAAAUGAACCAAAUGAUAAUUCGGAUAACUCGCAAAAGCUUUACAGCGAAGCGCCGCACAACAAGAAGGAAGUGACUUCAGAUUUACCUGAAAUUCUGCAAGACGUGUACUUGGAAAAUACCACGCCUUUUGCGGACUAUAUGAACGACGAAUAUGACGACUAUGGUUUAAAUGCUACAUCAGAAAGCGAAAAAGACAACUCCGAGAAAAGCCUUGCAUCUGACACGGAUUUCAAAACAGAGGACGAGAUAUUUGCCAGUAAAAUACAGACGGAUUUUCAACAAAAUGAUGAGUUUAAAGACAAAGAACAUGUUGAAAAAUCUGAUGGAGAUCAUCAAAAUCAACACAACCAAAUAUUUCCCAUUAGUGAUUAUGAUACGAAACCAAAAGAUAUAAACGGGACACGUUUUGCUGAAACGGAUAUUGUUACCUCACCGAUCGAGACGUUUGAAAACGUUGGGAACGAUGACAUGACACUUCAUAACAGAGACCAAGUGGACAAUAUGACAAGUGACACCGCAGAUAUGCAAGUAAAUGGUGCUUCUGCAAGCGAAACAACUGAUGAUUCUUCCAUAGAGCAAUCAGAGGCGAACAUUGACAGUAAAGUAAUUAGUAACACACCUGUAGAGGAAUACGUGUUAGACGAGUAUGAGCAAAAUAAAGCUAUUGAUAAAUAUGGAAAUAAAACGUCAGAUGACUCUCACAUUGGAAAUAAAGAUUCUAAAACUAAUCACACAUAUUUGAACGAGAACGAAGCAAUCGAUGAAAAAAUCGAGCCCAUAUCGCCAUCUUCUUAUUUACUACAACCGCCGCCUCCUCUUCCUCCACCACCACUGCCAGUUAAAAUACUCAAAGCAGGAAACAUCGGGGUUUAUCUGAAUAGCGACCCAGAUCGUAAAACCGACGAAAAUAAAAAUAUUCAGACAGUGACACAUUCAGAGGUCAACGAAGAAUCGGAGAGUAAGUCUCAGUCCGAAUUUCAGAUCAAUGAAGAAACAAAUCCCGACGUGAAAGUUGAAUCGGGUAAUUGGCUCGACGAGACUUUGGUAUAUUCUGAAAAUAUAAAUGACGCGAGAUACGCAAACAAUUCAGAUUCAGAUCUUUUUGGAGCUGGUAUGAGCAGGAAAGAGUUUGAGGGCAUAUCGGAGAAGGAUACACUGUCAAAAGGUAACAACACAAACGUCAAAUCCAAAACCACGGGUCAAAUAGCAGACGUGACAUCCGACGGUCGAUUAGCUCAAAUCGACCGCGAAGGUGGUCAUGCAGUAGAUACAAGUACAAUCCUUACACCAGUUUUAAAUAGCGCAAAUAAUGACACAAGUACUGGCGCGGAUGAUGAAAAUUCUCAUUUGAAUAACACACGGGGAAGUGAAGCUGAAGCAGCGGCCCUAGAGAAAACAGAAGGUCAUUUGGAAGAAGAAGGAACGGGCGCAUAUGAGAACACAUCGGUAGAGGAAAACCAGCAACAUGAGGAUGAAAAAAAGAGGAAUGACACUGUCAAUGCAAAUUCAGAUGUACGAGGGGUAUUUCAUGGACAUAAAAACGCACAUGAUAAGACUGGUGAAGACAACGCAAACCAAGCUCAAGGAGACAUAAUAGAAACAAAAUAUAUUGCGAAUGAAACGAAUGGUGUUGAUAAAUCUACAGAGGACUACGGGGAAAUUAUACGUGAACAAGAAAAUACACAAGAUCAGAUUGACGAAAGCAAAUUUCAUUUAAAUACAACUGCAACAGACGAUGCCGCUGAAGACAAUAGUAACCUUCAAGAAACUACAAUAGACACGAUUGAUGGAGGCAAUGCUUAUCUUAAUGAAGAUGAAAUCAAAUAUAGACAAGAGACUCAAAAGGGCCAAACUGAAUACGAAAGUUCUCAUUUAGAUUUCGAGGAAAUAACGCAUGGGAAAGAAACCGCAGAAGGCGAGGCGUAUGAAGACAAAGCUCAUCUAGAUGUAGAGGAGAUUAAGAAUACGUUAGAACAAGCAUACAAAAGUGACUAUAUACCCGCGGAAUAUUUCAAUGAUUUGGUAAUGGACAAAGAGCUGUUUUAUGUAGCUACCGAAGUAUUAGGUCUAGAGGAUAAAACCGACAGAAAAUAUGAUUUAUCUUGAAACAAAACACAUUAUGUUUGAUGACAAAUAAGCAGACAUCAGGAGAUGUUACUGUUCAAUAAUAAUUGGUCAAGUGCCUUACUUGUCGUUAGUUUAAAUGUAUUUUUUAUUUCAGUGUAUACUAUAAUUUUAUCGUUAAAAUAUUAUGUCUUGCAUUCUUUUUAGUGCAAUGACUGCCUUAGGGAUGUGAUAGUUUCGUUUCAAAUCAUGGAAGCCGUACAAAUGUAAGCAUUUGUUCGAACAUAGAGAUGAAAUUUUUAAAGCAAAAAUAUUUUGUUUAUUUAAAAUUCCAACAACAAAUUGGGUAGGAAGACGGGGCAUUGUUAUUUUGAUUUAUCAUUUUUAUAAUGACCAAGUUGAACAUCAUAAUAAGUUUGUGUGUGUUGUUGCAAUAGCACAAGAGAUACAUUUUCCAAUUUACAAAUAUUAUAUCGAAUUGGAUACUUAUUGUUUUCGGAACAUUUACUGAUUUGAAAGUAAUGUAUCGUUGUGAACAAUAACAUAGAUGUUUAGUAUUGAAUUAUAAAAUUGUAUUUGUUAAGAA